AACCACUUUAUUGUUUUGGGUGGAGAGUAGGGAUACAGUGAAUGCUUGGCAACCGAAAUAAGCCGGAAAAAAAUAUGCCGAACAAAAUUUGAUCAAACAUAUUGGCUGUGUAAAAGCAUUUUAAAAAGUCUGAGAAAGAUGUUACAAUCAUUACAAGCGCACGCAGCGAAAUGCCAUACUACCAUGCAGCUUUCACUGUAUUGCAGUAUGCUGUGCGCACAUUGAACAGUAUGUGAAUUUUCUGUAUGCGCGAAAGGCCCAGAGGCAAUAUUUGAAAAGAGAAAAUAAAAAGGCCACUUAAUAAUACAGUGUUUAAUUAAAAGCCAGUGUUUAGAUGUAGGUUUUGGUCCCAAUAAAUUGGCAUUCAUCAUUUAUUUACUACUAAAGGUAACAGCCUCCACAGCUGCGCUGAAUUAAUGUUUGUGUUGGUCAUGUGACAAUCAAGCAUACUAUAUUAGCAUGCCACUUCGAACCUGGACUCGACCAGUUCGUCGUUUUUAAUCACAAACAGGUGCGUUGGAGCAGGACUGCCAGGUACACCUCCAGGAGUUCAUUUUGUGAACGUUGAAUAACGGUGGUUAUGGAGGAGAGCCUGAGAACAAUGACCAGGGUCUUCAGGAGAGAAUGUCACAGGGUGUUAGGCUCUGAGAGGACCUCCAUUCAAGGGGCUGACGGGAUGCUGAUGGUCCUACAGCUCGCUGUGGCUGGGGUCAACAAGCAGGAACGCGGGGACUUCAGUGUUGCUUUGAGUGAAGUCUUGGCUGCCUGGAAAUACUUCCUUCUGGAUAAGCUCCAGCUAUCCCACAACGAUAUCCCUCUUCCACAAAACUAUGACCUCAUCCGAAAAGAGUAUGACUGCUUUUUGAAACGCACCAAUACUGUGGACUUGAUUGACGUCUUCAUUAUGUUCAAGGAGCUUCGGAUAAAUGAGGACCCCGAGGAGCCCCUAACCGCGAUGCAACUGUUUCAGUUUCUCGGCGGUGACAAGGAGAGGACGGAGAAAAUGGAUUCUCUUCCUGUGUGUCCCGCAACUCCAUCUAACAAGCCAGUCUGUAGUGCACAGAUACAGAGAGCUGUCAGGAGAGUUUUCUGUUCUUAUUUGGGUCUUCUGGUGAACUCUAAGAAUGACCUGGCCCUCGCUUACACCCUGGACAACCCCAAUCGCUCUCUGGGUCACAGCGCCUUUACUGACCUUAGACAUGCUGCCUGUGACAACUCCUCAUCUCUCUUCCUGACGGUAACGUCAUUUGUCAGGGCCAUACAGCUUGGAGGAAAGGGGUACGCCCCGCCUGAGUCUCACCCCUUAAGGAAGCACGUAAAGGGUUUAUCGGAGUUUCUCAAUUUUGUCGACCAGUGUCAAGAUGUUCUGGGAGAAACCCCUAACCCCAGAGAAGCUGGGUCCAAAUUGGUGUCUAGUAUUCGAGCCGCCCUGGUUAAAGGCCGCAGUAAUGGUGACCUGGUGUACCUUGCAGCAGAGGAUACAGCCAGAAGUCUCAAGGAAAGAAUCGGUCAAAUACACACCAUGCAGACGCAGUCAGUGGUUGGCACAGGAAUCAGUCCAGCAAGGCCCAAAGCCUAUGCUAUUAACCACUCCACUGCCUAUGGUGGCCGUGAGACUGUGAAGGUUCUGAUGACUCUUUUGGAUGAAGAAGCGCUAGCACCGCCCUGCAGGAACAAGGCGGAGCUGCUCUCUGAAGAUCAUGCCGUUCCUAAUGGCAGCUCUGGAGCUUGUCUUCUUACCCUUUACAAGUCUCCAGAAGCUCCCACGGGAUCUUCUCCAAAGCCUUUACGGAACCGCGUCUUGAGCCAACAAGAACACAUCCAGUCCAAGGUUAUGCGGCCAACCAUCCGCUCUCAGUUUGCAUGCACAUACAGUGAUGAUGAGCUGCCCCUCAACCGAGUGUUGGAGUUUCCCAGCACCAGCCAGCUUCCCACCUGUCUGCACCCUGCACCCAAAAAACCCGUCCCUCAUGACCUCACUGGGAUGGACAUCAGUCUCAAAGACCCAGAGGACACUAACUUAAGGCGUAAAUGUCCCGGCCAAUCCGCUUUGGGGGAACAUAGUGGGAAUGCCUGGAACAGAGCAGGUGGGAAGGGGACCCAGCCAGAACAGCUCAGAAGAGCAACCGGGACCUCAAAGAGAAAGCUUGCCAAUAGAGAGUAUGCUGAGCAAGGAAGAGAAGAGAACCAGCCCCCUCAAAAAAGACCCCCUACCAAGGCUCCCACUGGAGGCCCGGGGAAAAGGAACACUAAAGCUGCAUGCAAGAAGCUCAUCGCUGGACAGGGCAAACUCACUGGCUUUUUCAGACUAUAAUUUAGGCUCUACUGACCAAUGAUGAUCUGUUUUGGCAAUUAUGUCAGGUUUUAUUUAUUAGUAGAAUGCUUAAAUGCAUUUAAAGAGGUAGUUUUUUUUUUCUCCUAAAUGUUGUUCUAAACCUUUUGUUUUUAGGUGGAAUUGCCAUUACUGACGGUGUGUGUGUUUGUGUUUGUGCAUGUUUGAGCUUUUAAAAGGAGAAGAUUCGUUGGCAGAGAAGAAACUCGAUCAUUUAAUUUUAGGAUUUUGUGAUGGUCGUGAUUUAAUGCUUUUUGUUCCCCUUUGAACAUGACUCAUACUUUUGCAGAUUUGAAUACAUUUUUAUUUAAAUUCUUUUUAAAUC